UUUUUGAGCAUUGAAUCAUGUCGGGUCGAAAAUAAUGCAACUUGGCCCAACUAUAUAAAUAAGAUGCUGCCUCUCAACAUAAACUCCUUCUAAGACUAGGGUUUUGGUUUGGACAAAAACCCUUGAAAGGCCGACUCGUUUAACAGUUCCUUCUUCAGUCUCAACACUACACUGCAAAUUCAGAGUAUAAAAGAUGGUGCAGUACAACUUUAAGAAGAUUACGGUGGUUCCCAAUGGGAAGGACUUUGUUGAUAUCAUUCUAUCGCGCACGCAGCGUCAAACUCCUACUGUUGUGCACAAAGGAUAUGCUAUCUCUCGUAUACGUCAAUUUUACAUGCGCAAAGUGAAAUAUACGCAGCAGAAUUUCUAUGACAAACUCUCCACCAUUAUCGAUGAGUUCCCCAGGCUUGAUGAUAUCCAUCCUUUCUAUGGGGACCUUCUUCAUGUGCUUUACAACAAAGACCACUACAAGCUUGCCCUUGGCCAAAUUAACACUGCUAGAAAUUUGAUUUCCAAAGUAGCUAAAGAUUAUGUGAAAUUGUUGAAAUAUGGUGACUCCCUCUAUCGCUGCAAGUCCCUGAAAGUUGCUGCUCUUGGGCGUAUGUGCACUGUUAUAAAGCGUAUUGGCCCAAGUUUAGCUUAUUUGGAACAGAUUAGGCAGCACAUGGCAAGACUUCCCUCAAUUGAUCCCAAUACUCGAACCAUCCUGAUUUGUGGAUAUCCGAAUGUUGGCAAGAGCUCAUUCAUCAACAAGAUUACAAGAGCAGAUGUGGAUGUGCAGCCUUAUGCCUUCACUACAAAGUCCUUGUUUGUCGGUCAUACCGACUACAAAUAUCUGAGGUAUCAAGUGAUUGACACUCCAGGGAUCUUGGAUAGGCCAUUUGAGGAUCGUAAUAUCAUAGAAAUGUGCAGUAUUACAGCCCUAGCACACCUGAGGGCCGCUGUGUUGUUUUUCCUUGAUAUUUCUGGUUCUUGUGGCUAUAGCAUUGCACAACAGGCUGCUCUUUUUCACAGCAUCAAAUCACUUUUUAUGAACAAACCUUUGAUGAUCGUAUGCAACAAAACUGACUUGCAGCCAUUAGAAGGGAUUUCUGAGGAAGACAAGAAGUUAGUCGCAGAGAUGAAAGAUGAAGCUAUGAAGACAGUGAUUGGUCAAGGUGGCGAGCCAACAGAUGAAGCAGGUGUGCUGUUAACUAUGAGCACUUUGACUGAAGAUGGCGUAAUUUCAGUGAAGAAUGCAGCUUGUGAGAGGUUACUGAAUCAAAGGGUUGAAUUGAAAAUGAAGUCGAAAAAGUUAAAUGACUGCUUGAACCGCUUCCAUGUUGCUAUGCCUAAACCACGUGAUCAGAAAGAAAGGCCACCAUGCAUACCUGAGGCAGUGUUGCAAGCCAGAGCGAAGCAGGCUGAGGCAGAUGCUGAGAAACAGAAAAGGAAGCUCGAAAGAGAUCUGGAGAAUGAGAAUGGAGGUGCUGGUGUUUAUUCCGCGAGCUUGAGGAAGCACUAUCUAUUAGCAAAUGAAGAGUGGAAGGAAGAUAUAAUGCCUGAAAUUUUAGAUGGGCACAAUGUCUAUGACUUUGUUGACCCUGAUAUCUUACAAAGGCUUGAAGAAUUGGAGAGAGAAGAAGGUCUUCGUCAGGAUGAAGAAGGAGAUGAUGAUUUUGAGAUGGAUGGUGCAGAGCUGACCCCUGAAGAACAAGCAGCAUUAGCUGAAAUCCGGAAAAAGAAAAGUUUGCUCAUUCAACAGCAUAGAAUGAAGAAGAGCACGGCAGAGAGCCGACCCACUGUACCAAGAAAGUUUGAUAAAGACAAGGAGUUUACUUUAAAAAGAAUGGGAAGACAAUUAUCUGCUUUGGGUGUGGAUCCAACUGCAGCUAUCGAGCGAGCCCGAAGCAAGUCAAGGGGUCGUAAGCGAGAGAGAUCAGUUGAACGUGGAGAUGAAAUUGGUAAUGAUGCAAUGGAUGUAGAUGAGAUUACUCCCAGCAAGAAGCAACGUAGGUCUAGAUCACUUUCCAUGGCAAGAUCAAGGUCGAUGUCACGACCUCGAAAUGAAUUUGUUCCAGGAGAGGGCUUCAAGGACAAACCCCAGAAGGAAAGGGCUAUUAAGAUGUUUAAGAAAUCUGCUAAUAAGAGGAACAAGGAUGCUCGGCGGGGAGAGGCUGAUAGAGUCAUUCCCACUCUGAAACCAAAACAUCUCUUCUCUGGAAAAAGAUCAAGUGGCAAAACUGACAGGCGGUAGUGAGAAAUGAAAAAAGUGAACCUUCGUUGGAAUGCCAGUUCAACUCAGCUUAAUUUGGGACACUUUAGCAGAUGAAUUUGCCGUCUCUGUUAGCAAUUUUGGAAGUUUUUCUUAUCAUUAUCAUUUUAUCUAAGUUUGUUUUUUUCAUAUUGUCUUUGAACUUGAAUUGUGGAAGAAAUUUUUUUUUUUAACCAAAAGAUAAGAGUAACAUGUCAAGACUGCAACCUGUUGCAGUUUUAUGAUGUCAACACAAGACUAGAGAUUUGAAGUAUUUAAAUUUGUGCUGGCAUGCCUGUGUUUGCUGCCUUCUAUUAUGCAA